AUGUCUUCAACUCCCCCCCCCCCCCAAAUUAGCUGGUCAUUUAAAGAUCGCCGCCACCUCCCUACAAAUGGGUCAAAUGGAGCCCAACCUGAAGACCUCUCCACAACACUACUUCAAAUGCAGGUAGACGUCUCUAUGAUCAGGGACAAAGUUAAUAGGUGCUUAUUUAAGAUUAGGGAUUCCUUAUGUCUCGAGAUGGAUGAGCUGAAGCAUAAAUUAGAAGAUGUGAGGGCAGGCCAGCUUGAUAUGUCCCACAUGAUAAACGAGCUUGAGAACCAUAUUUUCUCUUUGCAACCAACGUAUGUGAGGACCACCGUUCAUAUAAUGGCAAUGAAGAAUAAGUUAUGUGUUUUCACAGGUGUGUUUGUGGUCAUAGCUAUUGUGGGUGUCGUGCUAGCAGCCAACAAGUACUUCUAA